AUGCCUUCGAAGGUAGCCCUCAUCACUGCCUCUUCGGCUGGACUUGGUGCCGCCAUCGUCAAAGCCCUUGCUGAGGACUAUCGAGUUGUUGUCAACUAUUUUUCCCAUCCAGACAAGGCAGAGGCAGUUAUUCGAGAAUGUAUGGCCAAGUUACCGGAAACCUCAUCUUCGACAGAACCACGGUUCCAUACCAUACAAGCGGAUAUUUCGAAAAAGUUCGACGUCCAAAGGCUUGUCGAAGAAACCAUUCAAGUGAUGGGAAGACUGGAUGUUGUGAUUAGCAACGCGGGUUGGACCCAAAUCGUCAAUUUCUAUGAUCUCGAGCAAAAUAUCGACGAAGCAGACUGGGACAAAUGUUUCGCAAUCAACGUGAAGACACACCUGUGGUUACUUCACGCAGCCAAGCGUUACAUGGACUUGAAUGAAGACGGAGGCAGCUUCGUUUCUAUCGCAAGUCUCGCUGGAGUCAUUCCUUCCGGCAGUUCAAUUCCUUACGCUGUGACGAAAGCCGCGCAAAUUCAUUUACUAAAGUGUCUGGCCGCUGUAUGCGGACCAAAGAUUCAAUGCAAUUCCGUCAGUCCGGGAUUGAUGAUGACUGAAUGGGGACAACGUUUUCCAGAGGCAACUGUGAAUGCUGUAACUGAGAAAGGUGCCCUGAAAAGGUUGACCACCGCCGAGGACGUCGCGGAUCUCAUCAGAACCAUGAUUUUGAGCAGAAGCCUUACAGGCCAGAAUAUUGUAAUAGACUGUGGAAUAUCUAUGUAA